UUAAGGACAAAAAUGAAAGCAGGAAAAAUUGUAUUUAGCGGUCGCUUAAUUUAUCCUUGCAUAUGAUAGGGUUUUUGACUGCCAUGGCAAUACCAUAAAGCUCUUGCAGUCACCGUAAGCUUCAGUUUCUGCAAUCGUUAGGGCUUUUACAUAUAGUUUGAUUUUUGUCCGAUUGUUCACGUGGUGGAGACAUGUAUUCUUCUCGAGCAAGUAAUGCAUACGGGCAAUCAUAUGGCGGCCAAUCUGGGUUUUCUCAAAACCUGGGGUCUGCAUAUUCUGCAAGUUCUGUAGUAGGACCAGAUAGGGGCUCCCAACACCCCCUGUCUUCUCGGCAUCCGUCAAUACUAAUUAAUUCUCAGGAAGCAGACAUUGGUGGGUAUGGACCUCAUCCUUCAUCUGCAGCACAUUAUGGGGGGCAAUAUGGAUCUGUGUAUGGGUCAGCUGCUUUGACAACUGCUCAACAGGUUCCAGCAAUUAUUGCCAAAGGGACUGGUUCAUCAACUUUGGGAGGUCGUGGAGUCUAUUCCUCUGCGCUGCCUGAUUCACCUAAGUUUGCAUCUAGUGACUAUGUCUCAUCGUCAAGCCAUGGAUACAGUCACAAAGGUAAUCAAAUAUUUGCAGAGAAGAUUUCAGAUUAUCCUGCAAUGGGCAGACGGCAGUACAGUGAUCUACAAGGUGCUUAUAUGGUAAGGGACUUGCAAGCAGAACCAACUACAAGAUAUACUGAUUCCGUUGGUUUAUAUACUCAACAACAGCCAGAUAUUUAUGAUCGAAUUGAUCAAGUGUCACGGCUUAGGCAAGAACAUCUGCGAAAAUCUCAGUCACUGCAAUCUCCUUCUGUUGAUGGAGGUGCCAGACAGAUUGAUUAUCUUGCAGCAAGGGAUGCUGCUAGUCGUCAUUCCACUCAAGAUACUGUACCUUAUAGAGGAAGAAUGGAUGCUGAUCCUCGCAGUUCAUCAAUGUUCAGUGCCUCUUCACAUGAUGGGCAGCAUGCUCCUUCUAUAUUGGGGGCAGCACCACGAAGAAAUGUAGACGAUCUCUUGUAUCCUCAAAGUUCAUCAAAUACAGGUUAUGGAGUUAGCUUGCCUCCUGGUAGGGACUAUGGCACUGGAAAAGGGCUUCAUGGUACAUCUCUGGAGUCAAAUUACCCGGGUAGUUCGUUGUUGCGCGCUGGUGUUCCAAGGAUUGAUGACGAAAAGGAUGACAGGGCUACUUAUCUUCGAGAAUUUGAACGAAGAGAAGAGGAGCGUCAUCGGGACCAUUUAAGUGAGAGGGAGAAAGAAGGAGAGAGGGAGAAGGAGCGUCAACGCGACCGUGAUCGUGAACGUGCACGGGAGAGAGAUCGUGAAAGAGAAAGAGAACGAGAACGAGAACGAGAACGGGAAAGAAAACGUGAUAGGGAACACAUUUUGGAGUUGCGAGGAAAGGAAAGGGAGCGAGAGCGCAAACGUGGGAUUGAACCUCGACAUGACCGAACUCCAGCAAGACCGUCUAUGGAUCACCGCGGUUCUUCUUUGAUAAAGGAGGGGAAAUCCUUACGACGGGAUUCCUUAAGCCAUGAAGUUCUGCAUAGGCGCCACUCACCUGUUAAAGAAAAAAGGAGAGAAUAUGCCUGCAAGGUUCAUUCAUUCAGUUUGGUAGCUGAGGAAAGGGAUUAUCUGUCCAUUGAUAAGCGGUAUCCCAGACUUUUCGUAGCUCCAGAAUUUACCAAAGCUGUCGUUCAUUGGCCAAAGCAGAACCUUAGACUUUCAAUCCAUACUCCUGUCAGUUUUGAACAUGACUUUGUUGAAGGCAGCAGUAUAGCUGAGUUGACAAAUCCGUCCAGUGAGCCUUUCGCUGAGGAUCGUGUAAAACUGGCUCAUGGAAGCACAAUUUGGAAUGCAAAGAUGAUUUUGAUGAGCGGAGUUGGCAAGAAUGCUCUGGAAGAUUUGUCAUCUGAGAGAACCUCUAAUGACCACAUACCCCAUAUUUGCAAUAUACUUAGAUUUUCUGUCCUGAAAAGGGACCGCUCUUUCAUGGCAAUUGGUGGUCCAUGGAGUUCUGCUGAUGGUGGUGACCCAUCAGUUGAUGAUUCUGUUUUAAUUCGAACUGCUCUAAGAUAUGCAAAGGAUGUCAUUCGACUGGAUCUGCAAUCCUGCAGUCAUUGGAAUCGUUUCCUUGAGAUACACUAUGACAGAGUUGGGAAGGAUGGGUUCUUUAGUCAUAAAGAGGUCACUGUACUUUUCCUUCCUGAUUUGUCCGAAUGUCUCCCUUCAUUGGAUACGUGGCGAGAUCAGUGGCUUGCUCAUAAGAAAGCUGUUUCUGAAAGAGAACUUCAAUCGCAAAAAGAGAAAAUUCAAGAGAAAAAGGAAAGGCUUAAAGGUAAGGAAAUUGAUUCAUCAAAUGAUUCUAAACGAGUGAACAAAUCAGACAAAAACAAUGAAUUGGCAUCUUCUGGAGUGGCAGUGGAUGUCAAAAAGGCAAAAGAAGGCAAUUUGAUGGAAGGUAUUGCAAUUGAGGGACAAGCUGAUGAACAUGGAGAGUAUGGGACAAAGAAUGGGAGUAUGAACGAAGGAGGCAAGAUUGUUGAGAAUGAACAAGGAGAAACAGGCGCUUGGACAGCUGGCAGUGCAAAGCCUGGAAAAAAGAAGAUUAUAAGGAAGAUUGUCAAGCACAAGGUUGCAGAUAAAAAACUAGUUGCGGAUAGUACUGGUGGCAAAAAGGACUCCUUAGAUGAGAAGGUUCUUGGAGAAAAAGGUGCACAAUUGGAGACCUCGGGGGAACAGAAUAAAUGUUCAGCUAAACCUGCAGAUAUGAGCACUUUUGUAAGGAGAAAAGUUACAAAAAAGGUCCCCAUGCCGAGCACUGCUGAAGAAACAGAUAAGGAUGUGCAGCUUAAGUUAAAAGACAAGGAUGAUGACUGUUCUGAAGACAAACAAAAGGAUAAAUCUGAUCCUGGCAGCACUCCAAUUGUGAAAGAUGCUAAUGUGAAGACAACCAUAAAGAGGAAAAUUAUUAAGAGGGUACCCAAGAAAAAAGCAACUGGUGCAGAAGCAAGCGAUGGGGCCAUUCAUGAAGCUGAUCCAGUUGACAAGCAUGCUGCAGAUACAGGAGAACAUGCACAUGAAGUCAAGAAGUCCAUCAAGAAAGUAAUUUCUAAAAAGAAAACAGAAGCAGUUGCUGACAAGAAAGAUAAUGUGGCCGUUUCAUCUAAAACCACUAUUGUGGCUGACAAGGAGGAUAAAAGGACUGAAAAGGUAAGUGAUAUAAAAAAUGGCUCGGGGACUAAUGUGGGGAUGAAGGCUGAGAAGAAAACUACUCAGAAGGUUGAUCAAGCUGGCAAUGGAGGAAAGCCAAAAGACAAAAAGUACAAGGAUGCAAAAGAUGAGUCUAGAAGCAAAUCUGGUAAAGAAGUGAAAGAAAUGAGAAAAUCUGAAGAACUUCCCCGUCACCCUGGAUUGCUAUUACAAACAAAAGGGAGUAAUGAAUCUAAGCUGCGUUCAUUAUCACUGUCACUGGAUUCCUUAUUGGAAUACACUGAUAAGGACAUUGAGGAAUCAACAUUUGAGCUUUCAUUAUUUGCGGAAUCACUUUGUGAAAUGCUUCAAUAUCAAAUGGGCUCUCGAAUUUUACAGUUUCUGCAGAACUUGCGAAAUAGGUUUGUGAGGAAAAGAAAUCAACAUAAGAGGCUACGGGAAGAAAAGAAUGUGGAUAAAAAUGACAAGAAAUCGCCAUCAAAGCGUCUGAAAACCAAUAAGCUUCCUGUGAAAAGCAAACCAACUAAUUCUGAAAUGUCAAAAGCAGCUCAACCAGGUGAUGAAAAAGAUGCAACUCAACCAGGUGAUGAAAAAGCUGCAGCUCAACCUGAUGAUGCCAAACUUGUGGCCGAUGAGGGUAAAUCUGCUGAGCUUCUGAAAACCAAUGAGCUUCCUGUGAAAAGCAAACCAGCUAAUUCUGAAAAGUCAAAUGCAGCUCAACCAGGUGAUGAAAAAGCUGCAGCUCAACCUGAUGAUGCCAAAAUUUUGGCUGAUGAGGGUAAAUCUGCUGAGCUUAUUGAAGAUACAAAACUGGAGUACGAAUCUGAUGUUGAGGAGGACCCAGAGGAAGAUCCAGAAGAAUAUGAUGAGGUGGAGGAUGCAAAUACUGGAUCUGACUCUAACGAGACUAACUUAGGAGAAGGGAAGACUGAGGAGGAUGUGGAGCUUGAAAAGGUGACGGGAAAUACAAAUGAUGAUCCCAGAGAAUCUGCCAGGGAAAAAACUGAUAUGGAAGUUGAUGAGGAAGAUCCAGAAGAAUAUGAUGAGGUGGAGGAUGCAAGUACUGGAUCUGACUCUAACGAGACUGACUUAGGAGAAGGGAAGACUGAGGAGGAUGCAGAGCUUGAAAAGGUGAUGGGCAAUACAAAUGAUGAUCCCAAAGAAUCUGCCAAGGAAAAAACUGAUAUGGAAGUCGAUGAGGCAAAACCCAAGUUUGAUGUGGAUAAAAUAGAGGCCAAGGUGGAGUCAGAGAAGAAAGAGCCUCUGUCAAGGAAGUUGGCUGUGGUUGAUAAAGAGCUGUUGCAGGCUUUUCGGUUCUUUGACCGGAAUCAAGUAGGCUACCUAAGAGUCGAAGACUUGAGGUUAAUUAUCCACAACUUGGGGAAAUUUCUCUCGCACAGGGAUGUCAAGGAACUUGUGCAAAGUGCUUUGUUGGAGAGCAAUACUGGAAGGGAUGACCGCAUUCUUUACAAUAAACUCCUGAGGAUGUAAUGUUUUAGGAUGAAGUGUUUCUGGGUUUUAAUUUUUGAAGACUCGAAUCGAUAAUGCUCUUGAAUUUCUUUUGUAUAAACCUUAAAGAGAUGGGAAAAAAAUAAUGAAUUCAUGCAAGUUUUAUUCAUGGAAAUUGAGAAUUUGGAAA